CUACAGCUUGUAGAAUUACAAUUACCUUUUCUUUUUCCUGCGUUUUGCGUGUAGCGAGUGUGAAGUAAUUGCAUUGAAUUUGUGCAAAAUAUCAUAUAAAUCUUAUGUAGAGCGGUGGUGAAAUAUUACUUUAUCAGCGGUAGCCACUUUUCCGUGAAGAGCUACUAAAAUUGCACAGAGGAGAAUUCAUUGAAUAGCAGCGGCCGAAUUGUAUCUUCAACAGCGCAACAGUGUGGAAGCUCAUCGUGAUCAAAUAGUGAACGUUAGUUGGUGACAGUGAAAGUAUAUAACGUUGCAAUAGUGAAAAAGUGUGCAAACGGAUAAAAAUGAGCCAAUUCACGCAUAUUUUACAACGCGAAUUUCCAGUCAUUGAUAAUGAAUUAAAAGAUUAUAUAGAAGGUGUACUCUGUGGCAGUUUGGAGGAUUUUGAGUCAUGCGAUGACAUAUAUGAAGCAGUGGGUGAUAUUCUCCAAAGCAUUAAUACAGAGAAAAGCGAGGAUGAUAUCAGAGAACUCUGCGAUGAGUUUUAUAACAUUAUCAAGAAGAAUACGAAGAAUGAGGCACGCAAAGUAUUAAAUGCACCCGUUAAUAUUGCCGCCAUGGCCAAAGAGAUGGAAAAUGUUGACAGACAUAUGCAAAGCAUAUGGCUCACUUCGAAGGAUGGGGGAUCGAAAGUUGACAGCAAGAAAUUGGAGAAAGCCGAGGCAAAGCUACAGCAAAAACAGGAAAAAAGGCAGGACGUGGGAAAAUCAGUGGUGGCAGCACCCGUGAAGCUACAGACUGCUACCGCUUCGCAAGUGCUCAGCAAGAAAAAUACAAAAAUGGAACAGAAGGGCACCAAUCGCUCGAUGGAUAUAAAAAUCGAAAACUUCGAUUUGGCAUUUGGCGACAAGGUACUGCUGCAGAACGCUAAUUUACUAUUGUCUUGUGGCCGACGCUACGGUUUGGUCGGCCGUAACGGUUUGGGUAAAACUACGUUGCUACGCAUGGUCUCUGAUCGCCAAUUGGCUAUACCCUCGCACAUCAGCGUACUGCAUGUGGAGCAGGAAGUAGUGGGUAAUGAUACCAAAGCCGUUGAUAGUGUUUUGGAAUGUGAUUUAGAGCGUAAUCAGUUAUUGAACCGCGAAAAAGAGAUACUUGCCACAUUAAACAGUGGCGUGCAGGACACGAAAUUAAGUUCCGAAUUAAAUGAAGUAUAUGCACAGUUGCAGAACAUUGAAGCUGAUAAGGCGGUGGCACGCGCUUCUGUUAUAUUACGUGGUUUGGGCUUCGAUGCGGAGAUGCAGCAAAGGCCGACCAAAUCGUUUUCCGGUGGUUGGCGUAUGCGUUUGGCAUUGGCCCGCGCGCUUUUCUCCAAGCCCGAUCUAUUAUUGCUCGAUGAACCUACCAACAUGUUGGAUAUUAAAGCCAUCAUUUGGUUGGAGAAUUACCUUCAAUCUUGGCCGACAACGUUGCUAGUUGUCUCUCACGAUCGUAACUUCUUGGAAACUGUACCAACAGAUAUCAUACACCUACAUUCCCAGGCUCUUGAAGCUUACAAAGGUAAUUAUGAGCAGUUUGAAAAGACAAAGACCGAAAAGUUGAAGGCCCAGCGGCGUGAGUACGAAGCACAAAUGGCACAUCGUGCGCACGUGCAAGAAUUUAUUGAUCGCUUCCGUUACAAUGCAAAUCGGGCUUCGUCGGUGCAGUCAAAAAUUAAAAUGCUAGAAAAACUACCAGAAUUGAAACCUGUUGAGAAAGAAACUGAAGUUAAACUGAAAUUCCCCGAUGUUGAACCAUUAAAUCCACCGGUCUUAGCUUUAUCCGAAAUCGAAUUUAGAUACAAUCAAGAAGAUCCAUUGCCCGUUUUUAAAAAUGUGAAUCUAUCAGCUACCUCCGAUUCUAGAAUUUGUAUUGUGGGAGAAAAUGGAGCUGGUAAAACAACACUAUUAAAACUCAUUGUUGGUCAAUUGACCACUAUCCAUGGUAAUAUUGUGUCACACCGUGGUCUACGUAUUGGCUACUUUGCGCAGCAUCAUGUCGACCAUUUGAAUAUGAAUACCACCUGUGUUGGCGUAUUGGCCGAACUCUUCCCGGGACGACCGGACGAGGAAUAUCGCCGACAAUUGGGUAGUUUUGGAAUAUCAGGUCCAUUGGCUUUACAAAGCAUUGCUAGUUUAUCAGGAGGACAAAAAUCGCGUGUCGCUCUGGCAAAAAUGUGCAUGGCCGAUCCUAACUUUUUGGUACUUGAUGAACCUACAAAUCACUUGGAUAUUGAGACCAUUGAUGCCUUAGGAAGAGCGAUUAAUGCAUUUCAGGGUGGCGUAAUUUUAGUAUCUCACGACGAACGUCUCAUUAAGGUGGUUUGCAAAGAACUUUGGGUGUGCGGCAAUCGUACAGUGCGCGGCAUGGAAGGUGGCCUGGAUGAAUACAAACGCGAAGUAUACAAAGAAAUCGAAGCGGCGAAUAGUUAAAUUGAAUUUUAGUGCAAAAUUGUAUUUUGUAUUUAUUCUAAUUGUAAUGAAUGCUCGUGCACUACAAAAGUAAACUGCACUGAUAUUGAUUUUACAAUUGCAUAUAAAUUAUUAGAUUUGAUCCAUAUGCAAAAAAUAAAAUAAAAACAAGCGGUAAACGCUAUAAAUGUUA